AUGAAAUCAAAAUCAAAACGAGGGAAAAACUUUAUACUGUAAGAGAUUUUGCAGCUUGCGAGCGCUCAGCAGGGGCGAAUCAGUUGAUCGAUUUAGAUCUAACUUUCCGCAACGCGCAAGAAGAAAAUCGAAUUACCACAAGUGGAGGAACAAACAUACUAGUUACAGACGCAGGCAGGAGAAGAUGGCACGCCUACGAAGUGACAACAUAAGCUCCUCACCACUAACGUUAACAACAAUGUUUUAAAGACUAGAACGUUGAACUUGAAUAAUGAUCAACGGACAACGGAUACAGAAAAGUAGAACGAGAACGUCAACACCUCCAGAGAACAUCACAGUAGGACAAAGCUAUCUAAAGGCAUAGAUAUGUCGACAUCGUUGUCGUCAAUUUCUCAACAACAUGAAGUUGCAAACAUCAACAACCAGAAGGACUAACAGGGUCUACGCCUAGUACAACAUAGGUUAAACCGACUCCGUCUGCGAAUGCGCG